AUGGCAAGAACCAAACAGACCACUCGCAAGUCCACCGGUGGAAAAGCCCCAAGGAAGCAGCUCGCUACUAAAGCCGCCCAUCAGAGCGCCCCCGCCACCGGUGGAGUCAAGAAACCUCAUCGUUACAGGCCCAGUACCUUGGCGUUGAGAGAGAUCUGCCGUUAUCAGAAGUCCACUGAGCUGCUGAUUCGCAAACUGCCUUUCCAGCGUCUGGUGAGAGAAAGCGCGCAGGAUUUCAAGACGGAUCUUCGCUUCCAGAGCUCCGCCGUAAUGGCCCUGCAGGAGUCCAGCGAGGCUUAUUUGGUUGGUCUGUUCGAGGACACCAACUUGUGUGCACUCCAUGCCAAGAGGGUCACCAUCAUGCCCAAAGACAUUCAGCUGGCACGCCGCAUUCGUGGAGAGUGCGCUUAA